AUGUUGUACAAAUCAGGCAUUCCAGAUGCGGAAUUCCAUGACCUUGACCCAGCUGGAAUAGUGUUGAAAGGUCAAAAGGUCAGGAUUGAGAGACAGAUGUUGGCUUUGAUGCCAAAGUACUGUAUAUCUGAGAGAGUCAACAAACAGCUCAAGUUACUGGAGUCUGACGAGUCGACUCGGGGGAAGGACUUGAGUUCGGAACUCGGAGUGGUAUUUUUAGAAGUGUCCUCCAAUGUGACUUCCUACUGUCGAGCUGUCAUCUCAACCUCAGGACCAACAUCUCAGUUUUCCUGCGUUCUGUUCAGACCGAGUCUGGAUGAAGCCCUUUCUAGAGAUCUAGGAAGUACUGACGUUUUCUGGAGUAGAAGAGAAGCUCACAUCUCAUCAGUGACAGAAACUCUCUAAAACUCGCCUCACCAAAAUCGUACAACAAGGAGGAACAACUGCAGUACUUUGCUUGUAUCCUUUAUGAAUGAAGCAAAAUAUUAGAUUUGUGCAAUGUAAACUUUUUUGUUUGAAGUUGAAGCUAGCUUUUUAAAAAAAAAAAGUUUUGGCAAGUUCUUUGCAUUUUCAAACAUGAGGAUAGGUAGAGGCAUUGAAAAGCAAGAACAAACAUGAUUUGAAGUAAUCUCCCUUUACUAUGCUGCAGACAUCUUGAAGAAAUGUCUGUUUAUGU